AUGGCUCGUCAAUCGCGUGGAUCGGAAUCUAAAAGAGUGACAGCUGAAUUGUUCACUUUAACAUACGGUGCUCUUGUUGCUAAUAUUGUUAGAGAUUUCGAUACAGAUGCAGAAAUUAAUGAACAGUUGGACAAAAUUGGGUUUAAUAUUGGUCUAAAGUUGGUUGAAGACUACUUAGCGCGUGGGAAUUCUGGUCGUUGUAACGAUUUCAAAGAAACCGCUGAAGCAGUUGUUAAAGGCUUCAAAAUCUUUUUAGGCAUAACUCCAACCAUUUGUAAAUUCAGUUCAGCUGGUGAUGAAUUCAGUCUUGUAUUGGAGAAUAAUCCAUUAACAGAGUUUGUUGAUCUUCCUGCUGAACAUCAAAACCUACUUUAUUCCAACGUAUUGGCCGGUGCGAUACGUGGUGCUUUGCAUAAUGUACAACUUGAAGUUGAAGCUCGAUUUGUUCAAGAUCAAUUACGUGGUGAUCAAAUCAAUGAAAUACGCGUGAAAUUUAUUCGUCGUAUAGAAGAAAUUAUUCAAGGAGAUGAUUAAUAUUUUGGAUCCUAUUCUAUGAAUAUAUUCAUUGAAUGUAUUUCUGUGUUUUAUAACUUUUUCUAUGAAUUUAUUCUUUGAUAAUAAUAAUUUAAAAAAAUGCAUUUUCUGUACUAAAACUUGGGAAAAAUUUAAUGGCUGUGCAAAUAAAUAAC